AUGGGUGAAACCCGGAGAUCUCACAAAAAGACGAGGACAGGGUGCACUCAAUGUAAACGUCGGCGUGUGAAAUGUGAUGAAGGAAAGCCAUCCUGUGCCAAUUGCACUAAGAACAAGAUACAAUGUAGCCUUGACUUUCUUACUCCAAUGACCUCAUCGUCUCGCAGUCUCAUCAUCGCCUCGUCUACUUCUUCCUAUUCACCUAGUCUCACGCCAGAACUAUCGCCCUCGACCUUCAGUCCUCAGACCAAUGAACUUCUUCACCACUAUUCAACCACUUUAUACCUGUCCCUCGCCGACAAUCGCACGCCGAGAGUCUGGAAAGUCGGCAUGCUACAAAUGGGCCUCGAAUAUCCGUUCCUACUUUCCGGAAUUCAAGCUGUCUCGGCACUGCAUCUAGCCUCUCUUCUCCCGAAUCGCAAAGAUGAAUUUUACAGCCUGGCUUUGUCACGGGAAUCUGCAGCUCUUCCCUCAUUCCGAGCCACCUUGAUCAACCCAAAACCAGAGACAAUCGACGCCAUUUUUGCCUUUGCUGGCUCUAUAGUUUAUUAUGUCAUGGCAUCCCCUGAACACUUCGCUGGAGAGAAGAUAGAUCGGUGCAGGAUCCCGACCAAGAACGAUGAUCAUCCACAUUGGUUUCAGACGAUGAGGGGAUUGAUGGGAUUACUUAUGAACCAUUGGAAUGAGCUUUUAAAAGGGCAAUUUCAUGACUUGUUGGAUUCGCUUCCCCCUGGCUCAGAUCUUGCUAUUGAUCCACCUGAAGAUGAACACUUCGGGAAGCUUGAAGGGUUGUUCCCAAAUUCAACUGACGAUCGAAAGGUUGAAAUUUGCAGGGAAGCAUUGAAAGAAUUACGGGAUACGUCAGCAUUCUCGAAUGAAUCAUCCGGAAUCCGCUCCAUCAAGUCAUCAAUUCACAUGUGGGCAGGUCGUGUGAGUCAAGAAUACAUGGAGCUGGUGUACGAAAGAGAUCCUCGAGCACUAGUUAUCUUGGCGCAUUUUUGCGUUCUGUUAAAGAGAAAUAAUCACCACUGGUACUCGAAGGGAUUGGGGACAGGGAUGUUGGACAACGUUAGACAUGCCCUUGGAGAAGAGUGGCAACCGUGGAUUCAAUGGGCACUCGAUCAACCUGUCUCGGAAACUGAGGUGGAAAUAAUAGAUACUUGA